AAAACCCUCUCAACUCAACUCCAGAAAAAAAAAAAAAAAGUCAUCACUCAGUUUAGAUCGACUUCUUUCCUGUUACAGAGAAUUAUCAAACUAAGAAUCUGCUGAAAGCCUCUCGUUAAUGGUUUAAGGCCAGUCCUCAUCUCAAAACUCGAAACUUCACCUAAUUUUAAACGAACUUCUCGGGGGUAGUUUGUUUGUUAGUUAGGCGGAGAAGAAGAAUGACAACCACAACAACGACAGGGUCUAAUUCUAAUCACAACAACCCUAGUACUAGCGGCAGUAUGGGCUCGCCGUCUACCACCGUGGCUACUACAUCUGCUAGCGACAGUGCUUUUAUACAACUCAACAGUUCGGACAUUCAGGGUGACGAUGCUGCUUCUCAAGGUGGUAAGAAGAAGAAGAAGAAGAAGAGGUGGCAGCGUGCGUCUGGUCCUGAUAAAACUGGAAGAGGCCUACGCCAGUUUAGCAUGAAAGUUUGUGAAAAGGUGGAAAGCAAAGGAAGGACUACUUACAACGAGGUUGCGGACGAGCUUGUUGCUGAGUUUGCACUCCCCAAUAACGAUGGAACAUCUCCUCCGGACCAGCAACAGUAUGAUGAGAAGAACAUAAGAAGAAGAGUGUACGAUGCUCUAAACGUCCUCAUGGCUAUGGAUAUAAUCUGCAAGGAUAAAAAGGAGAUUCAGUGGAGAGGCCUUCCUCGUACAAGCUUAAGCGACAUUGACGAAUUAAAGGCUGAAAGACUCUCACUUAGGAACAGAAUCGAAAAGAAAACUGCAUAUUCCCAAGAACUUGAAGAACAAUAUGUAGGCCUUCAGAAUCUGAUACGGAGAAACGAACACUUGUAUAGCUCUGGAAACGCUCCCAGUGCCGGUGUUGCUCUUCCCUUUAUCCUCGUCCAGACACGUCCUCAUGCGACCGUAGAAGUGGAAAUAUCAGAAGACAUGCAGCUCGUCCAUUUCGAUUUCAACAGCACUCCAUUCGAGCUCCACGACGACACCUUUGUCCUCAAGACAAUGAAAUUCUGCGAUCAGCCACCACGGUUGAACAACGGUCACAGUAACAACCACCAGAAAACUUCUCAAGAAGGCCCUAGCAGCACCUAUCCAAUGCCGCCUAUGCACCAGUCUCAUCCUCAACCACCACAACAUCAGCUGCAUUCUCAGCCUGUGACUAACAACAACCACGUUGCUUCUUCCCCGGUGACAUCACAGGGGAGAAUAAAGUCAAGUGUGAAGCCGGAGAACUGAAGAAAAAACAGAGGAGCUCAAAAGGAAGUACCCCCAUUGUUAUAAUAUCUGUAAAGGAGGACGAAGUGCUUAGCUGUAGAUUCGCACUUAUGGACCUUUAGAUAUGUUUGAUGUUAGCUGAA